GGCAACUUUCUCCCUCGCAGCGCCCCGCCCGCCCGCGGCUCCCCAGCCCCAGGCCGGGAGGUAGGAAGGCUCCGGCGGGAGUCGGGGAUCCAGCUUUGGGGCCCAGAUGGGGGAACCCCGGGCUGGGGCCCCCCUGGACGAUGGCAGUGGCUGGACAGGAAGUGAGGAAGGAAGUGAGGAGGGCACCGGCGGCAGCGAGGGGGCUGGGGGAGAUGGGGGCCCAGACGCAGAAGGCGUGUGGAGUCCAGACAUCGAGCAGAGCUUCCAGGAGGCCCUGGCGAUCUACCCACCAUGUGGCCGGCGGAAAAUCAUCCUGUCUGAUGAAGGCAAGAUGUAUGGUCGGAAUGAACUGAUUGCCCGCUACAUCAAGCUGAGAACAGGGAAGACCCGAACCCGCAAACAGGUCUCUAGCCACAUCCAGGUUCUGGCUCGAAGGAAAUCAAGGGAAAUCCAGUCCAAGCUCAAGGCCUUGAAUGUGGACCAGGUUUCCAAGGACAAGGCUUUCCAGACAAUGGCCACCAUGUCCUCAGCCCAGCUCAUCUCAGCACCUUCCUUGCAGGCCAAACUGGGUCCUGCUGGUCCUCAGGCCUCUGAGCUUUUCCAGUUUUGGUCAGGGGGCUCUGGGUCCCCCUGGAAUGUUCCAGAUGUGAAGCCAUUCUCACAGACGCCGUUCUCGUUGUCACUGACCCCCCCAUCUACUGACCUCCCAGGGUACGAGCCCCCCCAAGCCCUCUCCCCGCCUGCCCUGCCCCCACCUGCCCCGUCACCCCCAGCCUGGCAGGCUCGGGCCCUGGGCACUGCCCGAUUGCAGCUGGUAGAGUUCUCAGCCUUUGUGGAACCGCCGGAUGCAGUCGACUCUUACCAGAGGCACCUGUUCGUACACAUCAGCCAGCACUGCCCCAGCCCUGGAGCGCCCCCCCUCGAGAGUGUGGACGUCCGGCAGAUCUAUGACAAAUUCCCUGAGAAAAAGGGUGGCCUGCGGGAGUUGUACGAUCGCGGGCCCCCUCACGCCUUCUUCCUGGUCAAGUUCUGGGCGGACCUGAACUGGGGCCCUAGUGGCGAAGAGGUAGGGGCCGGCGGCAGCAGUGGUGGUUUCUAUGGAGUGAGCAGCCAGUACGAGAGCCUGGAGCACAUGACCCUCACCUGUUCCUCCAAGGUCUGCUCCUUUGGCAAGCAGGUGGUGGAGAAGGUGGAGUCACCGUCCUCCCUACUCUACGCCCCCAUCCUGGUUCAGACGGAGCGUGCCCAGCUGGAGGACGGGAGGUUUGUGUACCGCCUGCUGCGCUCACCCAUGUGUGAGUACCUGGUGAAUUUCUUGCACAAACUUCGGCAGCUGCCCGAGCGCUAUAUGAUGAACAGUGUCCUGGAGAACUUCACCAUCCUCCAGGUGGUAACAAACCGAGACACCCAGGAGCUGCUGCUCUGCACUGCCUACGUCUUUGAGGUCUCCACCAGCGAGCGGGGGGCCCAGCACCACAUUUACCGUCUGGUCAGGGACUGAAAGGGGACCCCAAAAGUGGCUCAUGCCCGGAAUACCCUCCUUCCAGGAAGGACCCCCAGCUUUCUUCAUGCUUAUUUGGGGAGGGGGCGCUGAUCCCUGUUAGAGGGGACCUUACAAAGCUGGGUGGCAAGCUGGAAGGUUGGAUCCUGAUAUUGGGACUUCACAGUGGUGUCUGAAAGGACAGAUCACUCCAGAGCAUGGGAACUGGGGACAGGAGUGAGACAACCCUGAGGUAUAGCAUUGGUUUCUCAGUCUCUUAACAGGUGCCCUCCCCCAACUUGGUUCUGGAUGUUUUGGGGGGGGGGGGGCUUUGAUAUGGUUUGUCCCUCCCUCUGUCUUUCAGCACACCCCCAUCUCCCUUUCUUCCCAACCUGCCUCUCCUUACCACCCUCACCCUGUGACCUUAAGAUCAAGAUCGAAUAUUGAAGGUUAACCCUUUCUGUGCCGGAGCAGAGCCAGGUGGGCCCUGGAAAUAUUUUUUUUAAUAUAACAAGAGAUAUUUAUAAGUGGGUAUUAGGGUUGUGACUUUUUCUCAGCUGGGCAAGCAGUGGGGUGAGUCUUUUAAUCUCAUCCUCUCUUCUAAAUAAGACGUGGGCUAUGCUGUGUUGCCUCCCCUCA